GCUGCUUAUCUGUCGUUCGGCGGGAACCGUUAUCAGUGAACGCGUCCGGCAGGAUAGCAGUGUGUCCUUUGCUGGCACACGGUCCGCUGUCCGCAUGGGCCCGGCGAAUCGAUAAACACCACCUAUAGAUAAGCCCGAUCGAUUGAGCGCUUGCAAGCAGACUGGGGCAGGGGAGGGGGGGGGGGGAGUGGGAGAAUAGUUUUGGUUAAAACGCACGUUUUCAAGUGCCUCACUCAUCGCGCACAGUAUCUCAGUUCAGUGUUGUUCGACGAUGGUUGCGUUGCUAGAUCGCAAGAUGCAGCUGAAGCAUGCGCUACUGUUCGGCGCAGUGGUGCUGCUGUGCUGCCUCUACCUAGUGUACGACAAGUGUCUGCUGGCGACGAUCAACUCGUACCAGGUGCUGGACGAUCACAACCGGGCGCGGGCGGCCCGGAUCGAGCAGGAGGUCGGGGGCGACCGGCGCACGCGCUACAUCCUGCUCUACACCAGCUUCUUCAGCGAGCGGUGGUGGGGCCUGCUGGCGGAAACGCUCGGGCCGGACUACUUCGCGUACAAGCACUGCCCGGCGACCGACUGCGUGCUGACCAGCAACCGGCAGCUGCUGCGAGCGGUGGCCGACUACGAUGCGGUCGUGUUUCACGUCGCGACCGGCUGGGACGGACCGCUGCCGGCGGUGCGCAGCCCCCACCAGCUGUACGUGGCGGCGCUGAUGGAGUCGCCGGCGCACACCAAGCACAGCCUCGCGCUGGACGGCAGCUACUUCAACUGGACGAUGACGUACCGGCUCGACUCGGACGUGCUGUUCAACUACCGGAACGUGGUCGACCUGGAGAGCGGGGAGGUGAUCAGCCCGGCGGUGCGGCCGAGCUGGCGCAACGGGUUCGGCGAGUACGGUAACGCCAGCCUGGUGGAGCUGGUGCAGCGCAAGCGGAAGGCGGCGGCCCAGUUCGUGUCGCACUGUGGCGCCCUGUCCGGGCGGGACCGGCUCGUGCAGGCCCUCCAGUCGGCCGGGCUGGAGGUGGACGUCUACGGCAGGUGCGGUACGCUCAACUGCCCCCGGGGGAAACCCGAAUGCAGCCAGAUGCUCGACACGGUCUACUGGUUCUACCUGUCGUUCGAAAACUCGCUCUGCGUCGACUACGUCACCGAGAAGCUGUACAACGCGCUGGAGCACCACAUCGUGCCGGUAGUGUUCGGGGGCGCCGACUACAACCGCUUCAUGCCGCCCGGCUCGUACAUCGACGCGCAAGCGUACCGGACGGCCGGCGAGCUGGCCGAGCAUCUGCGCUACCUGAUGGACAAUCCGGCCGAGUACGUGCGGUACUUCUGGUGGAAGCAGCACUACGCGCUGGAGGACACCAACCAGUACUGCGACCUCUGCCAGCGGCUGCACAGCGUGAGCGCCCGGGAGCGCGUCCAGUACUACCGGGACAUCAAGGCGUGGUGGUACGACGAUGCGUGCACGGCCAGGUCGAAGAUCGAAUUUUGAAUCGAAUGGUCAGGCGAGUGAAGGCCUGUUCCGGAAGCGCAUGUGCCACAGUGGUUUUUUCGAAAAUGAAUUACAAAGGAGUUUCGCAGUGCGACAAGUUUAUAGCCCAGUAUUUAAAGAUCCUCCUUUUGCGAGCUCAAUUAGAAAUGAAUACGAACUAGACUAAGGUGCCUCGCGAGGUGACUAAGGUGCGUCUCUACAUUAGCGAAUGUAGUUAUUGAACUGUAACCGUUGAGCGCGUAAGAACUAACGUGAAUAGAUGAACUCAUACAGGACAAUUGCUUACGAAAAAAAUGAUAUGAAAUUUUUCCGUGUUUUCACCGAUGUGAACGUUUAUGUACUUAUCGUUUUUGUUUUUUUAUAAAUAUAUUUACACUGGAAUAAGAGAGUUCAAAAGGAUGCUGAUGCUAUAGUGUAGAAUUU